AUGGGUUCAGAAUCGACAAACAAUGAAGUCGAAACUUCGUUCAUUGUCGAAAUUCCGAUCGAGAAAAGUGCAGUCAGAGAUCUUCGGAGUGCGUCCGGAGUCACAGAAAAACAUCCGGCGCGCGGGGAAACGGGUCCGGAAACCGAAUCGCCGAUCGCAGGAACAGGCGAAAUGAACGUCCAGACGCUGAAGAGUAAAACAUCGAAGCGCGGGAAAAUGCUGCAAAACAGGAAAACAGAAAUACGCGAUCUGAGGGAGCGUAACAACGAGCUCGCCAGAAAGUUGCAGGAAAAGGAAACGGAGAUCUAUCGCCUGACAACAGAGAAGACGGAGCUCCUGAAGGAACUGGAGACGAGGGAAACAGAAGCCCAGCGCCUGAGGAGCGAAAAUUCGGCGGUGGAACUCGAGCUCCAAGACAAAGAGACGGAGAUAUUUCACCUGAAAGACGUGAGGAAUCUCCUGGAUCUCGAGAUGAGAUCGAAAGACGAAGAAACUCUUUUUAUUUCCGACGGAAACAAGAAACUGGAAACGGAGAUGCAGACAAAGGAGAGAGACACGAAACGAGUGAGGGAAGAGAACAGACUCCUGAGCCGGAAGUUGCGGGAAAUGGAAGAAGAAUUUCGCGGCUUGGCGAACAAAAACAAAGAAAUUGUUGUUCUGCUUAACGAGACGGGACACGAGAAGUCGCCGCGUCGAAAAGCCGAGGGGAAAUUAAAAGACGGCAUCUCGGAGGUUGGAGGAAAGCGCGACGAAGAUCGUGGAACGGGAGGAGGAGGACGAGAGCUGAUCUACGACAAGACUGUGCUCACUCUGGCGAUAGAGGAGGGAGAGUCAGAAAUAAAAGCACUGACACAGGAAAACUCGCGUCUUCGGCACGAACUGCACGAAAAACGAACGGAGGAAGAGAGACUGAGAGAUGAGAACAGGAGACUUGGCAGAGCGUUCGAAGAAAAUGAACCACGACUAGAAAUUCUGACGGUGGAAAAUGAGAGACUUCGACAGACGUUCGAGGAGACGGAAAAGAACGUCGAAAGGUUUACAGAGGAAAAUACCAAGUAUGAAAAAGCACUGGAGGAAAUCGAGGAGGAGCUGAGACGCCUGGCAAAAGACAGGACUCGACUGCAGAGCGACUUACACGAGAAACGGUCGGAGGCGGGAAACAUUUCGGAUGAAAACGCGCGUCUCGAAACAGCGCUGCGGGUGUCGAAAUCGGAACUUACAAUCGAACAGACGAGGAACGAACUGCGGCGGAAGGAACUACACACGGAACAGCUGAAGGGCGAGAACGCGCAAGUGGCAAAUCUGCUGCGAGAGACAGAAACUCGCACGGAGCGUCUGGAAGGAGAGAAUUCACGUCUUGCCAGCGAAUUACGAGAAAAGGAAUCAGAGACAGAAAACAUGGCGGAACAAAACGAGUUUCUCGCUGAAGAAUUAAAGAAUAAGGAGUCUGAAGUAAGAGUCUUCGAACAAGAAAAUUUACGGCUGACCAAUGAACUGCGUGAGAAAGAAACAGUGACGAAACGCCUCGCGGAGGAAAAUACGAGGCUCUGUAAAGAACUGCGCGAUAAGGAACCCGAGAUAAGUCGCUUCGCGGAAGAAAGCGAGUGUCUGAGUAAAGAAAUCCGAGAGAAAGGCCAGGAAAUUGAACGCCUGAGAGAGAGAAAUUCACGUCUUGCUAAUGAAUUACGAGAAAAAGAAUCAGAGUGUGUACGAGUCACAGAAGAAAAUAUACGAUAUGAUAAGAUAAUCCAGGAAAAAGAACGAGAAAUUGAAGGCGUCGCAGAGGAAAUUGCGCGUAAUGAACGUAAAUUAGAAAGACUGACGGAAAAACGCGUUCAAGUCGAGAGACAACUGGAGGAAGACGACCUCAGGGUCGAGGAGGCGACAGAUCGAAUUGGAAGUCUUCGUGAAAAACUGCAAUACAGCGAUUCGACGAUUGAAUGCCUAAGAGAAGAAAACUCGCGAUUGAAUGACGAGUUAAAGCUGAAGGAAAAUGAAGAAGGAUGCCUAAAGGAAGAACAGACACGACUUAAGAGAGAACUUGAAGAGAGGGAAUUGAAGACGCGGAAUUUGAAAGACGACAAUUCGGCGUUGGUAAGAAACGAACAGGACAGUUCUGCCGCGAUAAAGCAAUUGACGGAAGAGAACUGCGGACUCCGGAAACAACUACAAGACGAUCAACGCAACAUCGAACGUCUGGAACAAGAAAGCGGACGACUUGAAGAAGAUCUACAAGAAGGGAUGCGAAACACAUUGAGUCUGGCGGAGGAAAUUUCGGAAAAGGGUAAGGGGCUGCAACACGUGAUGGAGGAAAAUGGGAAUAUUGACCAAGAACUGAUGGAGCUGGAACAAGGAAUACGUAAAUGCAGAGACGAAAAUAAAAGACUGAGCGAAGUCACGCAAAACGAGAAGGCAGAAAUUCUUAGGUUGCGAGAAGAAAAUUUACAACUUGAAAAGGAACUGCGAGGAACGAGAAAUCAAAAGGACGAGCUUGGUGAAAAAUUUCGGGAAACGGAAAUGAACAUAUUCAGCCUGGGAGAAGACAACGCUCGGGUUGAAAGCAUGUUGAAACAGAAGCGAGCAGAAUUGAAGCACCAGACAGAUGAAAGCGAACGGCUGCUGAAGGAGAGCGAAUCAGAAACGAUAAGACUGAAACAAGAAAUAACCCAGAACGAAGAGACAGUAAAAGGAAAGACAGCGGGCGUGGAAGGUCUAGUAAGUUACUUUAACGUUACUGUGAACCAGAUUCAGGACCUCGAAAGGCAGAUAAAAACUCAGGAGGUCGCGAACAGAAAUAUUGAGGAUCAGUUACAAGAGAAUAAGAUAAUUUUAGAGAAUUUGGAAGGCCAGAAAACGGAGCUGGAAAAGAUCUUAUUUAUCAAAGAGAACGAGAAAAACAAUGUCACAGAUGAGGCAACUGAUUUGCAAACAAAAUUACGAACCGAGAUUGAGGCCAAGGACAAGGACAUUCAAAGCUUAUCAGAGAGAACGAGAAAGCUGAAGGAAGAUGCACAAGGCAGAGAAACGAUAUUCAUGCAACUUACAAAAGAAAGUUCCGAGCUUGGGAGAAAUGUGCAGGAAAGGGAUUCUGAUACACAGCGUCUGAUGGGACAUAAUGCAAAGCUGAAGGAGAUUCUGUUAAUUAAGGGACGGGAAUCUGGUCAUCUGACUGAAGCAAACACAAAGUUAAGGGCCACGGUUUUAGAAACACAGAAGGAAUUUAGGGAGCAGCUAAUGAGAAGGGUGAAAGCAUUACAAAGUCCAUCUUACGAAUACACAGCAUUUGGAAUAAGUCUGAGGACGAAAGUAGCAGAAUUAAUGAAAACUGCUGACAAAAAGACAGUCAUUGAAGAAGAAUUGUUUGCUAAAGAAACUGAAUUAGAAAAAUUCAUAAAUGAUAACAAAAGCUUUAUCAGAGGAACCGAACCGAGUGCAGAGAAAGACAUGGAAUUUUAUGGAGACCCACAGAAUAACAGACGUGAAGGAGACCUCAAAACUGAGCCCUCAGUUUCACAGACUGACAACCCUGAAGGCCAAAGAUGUCUCACCAGAGUCACGAGAGGAACCGACUUUACAGAUGCAAACACUGAAACUGACAAAGUGCAAACAGAAAUUCAGUCAUCAACAGAUAAAAAUUCAGCAUCUGGAAACGAGAGUUAUACAAACAGCAGAGCCAUGCUCAGUCCAGAAACUGAUGAGAGUACGCUUGGAGGAGAAACACCGGGCACAGGGGCAUCUGUCCAGAAUACAGUUGGUGCUUCGUCGUAUUUCAAUAAAGGAGCAGAGUCAAAAGAUCUGCUGCGAGAUGAGACCCACGAGGUCUUUUGGAAACAAGCUAGGCGUGAGGAUGCAGAAAACCGUAGAAGAACUCGUGGAGUACAGAGACACUACAGCGUGGACACGGCGUUCGACUCCAUCAGAGGAAAAACACAAAUGGCUGGAGAAAUGAAGCUACCGCAUCGGACAUUUGAGAGAAGCAAGCUGCAGAGGCAACUGUCAGUCAGUAAGCUAGACCUGGCAAGUCUCACCAAUGGCAGUGAAGGACGGAGUGUGCUGACGAACAUGCCGCUGGUCGUCAGCUGUUACAACCGACAAAGCCCUGCAGUUAGCCCACAGACCACAGAAGAUACAUACAUGAAGAAAACUGGAUGGGUGGACACCAACAUGCAGUUCAAAAUUAAUGUAGCAGCACUGCUGUCUAUUCGAGCCAUGAACACAAGGCAGAAAUUCCAAAUGGCAUCACAAGCACACACUCCUCAAUUAUUUAAUGACAUCAUACUGAAAGUUGGAGAGCAAACAUUGUUCCUUCAAAUGAAUUAUUGUUCACACUUUAAUAAGAAUACGGAGAUUUCACAGUUUCUUCAGUUAAAAGGAGACUUCAGUCUGUUAAAAUAUUGCAUGUCACUAUGUGAAAUGAAGAAGCAAUGGUCACAAAAUAAGUACUUGCAAAGCCAAGGCAGAUUUGAAGACUGCAUUUUUAUUGUAUACACAAAUGCUGAAAUGUCUCAUGAUAAUGGAAGAAAUGAAGGCAAUACAGUUUGGCAGAAACUGCUUUACUCUGGAGGAAACUGUUUCAGCUUCACCGAAAAUAAAUCCCCUGAUAUCUACGAAAUGUUCCAAAACCUUGAAAGAUACAAACAACUGCUGGCUGGCUCACGUUACAACUCAAAUCUCACAACACAGGAAGAGUUGCUAGAUUUCAUCAGGAAAGUCUGGAACAGUAACGCCAAAACCAUUCCUGGGAUAAUUGAAAUGAACAAGCUGCUAAAAGAGCUACAGCAGUUAGGGGAUUUGUCACAUUACAGAGAAUUUUUGGCAAAGCUUUGGUUUUUUACUGGACAGGCAACUGACAGGAAACUUGAUGAACAAACAAAACAAGAAAUUGGACUUGCUUGUGGCAUCACCAAAACAAACUUAAUUUAUGAUCGCUUUAUGAAACAAAUACAUGACUGGUGUAAAUAUUCAAAUAGAUUUCUCACUCAGGAAUCACCACUCUGGACAGAUAUCAAAAGAGACUUCAAACUGCCAAACUGAUACACAGCUUCAAAUGUGACCCAGAAAAAAAUUAUACCAUCUACCAGCAAUGAAUAAUCAAUGUUGACUUUAA